AUGGAGUGCGCACAUAGCCUCGUCCACAGGCUGAGCGCGCUCCUGCUGCUCGGGGGCGUGCUCAUUUUCUUAAGGCAGUUGCGUCGGGGACCCGUGCGCUACGGUCGUUACGCGUGCUCCAAAUACACUAUACCUGCGCGCUGGGCCUGGUUUCUGCAGGAGCUGCCUGCCUUCCUCGUGCCCGUGCUGCUGGCGUGCACUACUGACGGGAGCACGCACGGCAGGAGGCUGCUACUUUGUACGUUCACGCUGCACUACUUCCACAGGGCGAUUGUGUACCCACUGCUGAUACGAGGACGUCCCAUUCCUGCAUUUAUCGUCGUCUCUUCUGAACUUUUCUGUUUUUUCAACGGCAUCCUGCAGAGCCAUACCCUUCUGCACUGCUCCGCCCCAGAUCUAGACCAAGAUCUGAACCAGCACCAGCACUGGGUCUACAGCCUGAGGACCGGAGCAGGUCUGUGUCUCUUUGCCUUGGGAAUGAUCUUGAACAUUCACAGCGACCACAUCCUGAGGAAUCUGAGGAGAUCGGGAGAGACGGUCUACAAGAUCCCCCGAGGGGGUCUCUUUGAGCUGGUCUCGGGGGCUAACUUUCUGGCUGAGAUCCUGGAGUGGUUUGGAUUUGCUGUGGUUGUUUGGAAUCUUCCUGGAUUCAGCUUCUUCUUCUUCACGGUCUGCUCCAUCGGACCCCGCGCCAUUGGACACCACAGAUUUUACCUGGAGAAGUUUCCGGAUUAUCCCCGAAACAGAAAAGCCCUGAUCCCGUUCAUUCUGUGAUGUCAAAAAUCUAUUCUGAUACCACAACGAUAAUUUAAAA